CACCACAGCAAAUCCUUAAUCUACACUACUGUCAAAAACGUGAAUUUUUUCAUAUACUUUUACUUAACGUACCGUCAAUAACCAAAAUGGUUUUGAUAGUGUCGUAUGUGUUCGUGGUUCUAACUAUUUUUGGCAUGGACCUAACUACCUCUCAAGCCACAUCCCGUAUCACUUUUCACGAGUCAUCCAUUCUUGAUUACCACCAACAAUGGAUGAACCAGUUUUCUCGAGUUUAUACCGAUGAAUCCGAGAAACAGAUGAGACUUAAAGUAUUCAAGAAAAACUUGAAAUUCAUUGAGAACUUCAAUAACAAUGGGAAUCAAAGCUACAAGCUUGGUGUUAAUGAAUUCACAGAUUUGACCAAAGAGGAGUUCCUUGCCACCCACACCGGUCUCAGAGGCAUUGACGUAACUUCACCAUCUGAAGUGGUUGAUGAAACGAUGCCAUCUUGGAAUUGGAACGUUACUAAUGUUGUCGGUGAGAGCAAAGACUGGACAAAGGAGGGAGCUGUAACACCUAUCAAAACGCAAGGACAAUGUGGUAGUUGUUGGGCAUUUUCAGCGAUUGCAGCAGUGGAAGGUCUGGCAAAGAUUACUCGAGGAAACCUCGUAUCACUGUCCGAACAGCAGCUUAUUGAUUGUGAUAGAGCGCGUAACAAAGGUUGCAAGGGGGGAACAAUGGCAGAAGCUUUCAACUACAUAGCAAAAAGCGGAGGCAUAUCUUCAGCAGACGCAUACCCUUAUCAAGUGAAAGAAGGGAGUUGCCAGUCCAACAUCAAACCCACCAUGCAGAUAAGAGGGCUCAAAAGGGUUCAACAAAACAACGAGGUUCAGUUGCUCAGCGCUGUCUCGAGACAGCCUGUAUCGGUGGGCAUUAAAGCGACCGCGGCCAGUUUCAUCCAUUACUCAAGCGGAGUGUACAAUGCGCCUGACUGUGGGACGGCCAACUUGGAUCAUGCAGUGACGUUGGUUGGGUACGGGACGAGCCCUGAAGGGAUCAAGUAUUGGCUAGCAAAAAACUCUUGGGGUGAGACUUGGGGAGAGAGUGGUUAUAUUAGACUCCGUAGAGAUGUGGAGUGGCCUGAAGGCAUGUGUGGUAUAGCUACAUUUGCUUGUUAUCCGGUUGUGUAAUAAAUUAUGUUUGAUGAUUUUUAUUCAAGUACUGUGAAUGUUUCCGCGCUAAGGAUUGUUUUUAAAGUAUUUGAUAUUUAAAAUAAAUUAUUUUAAUAUUAAAUAAAUAUUUUAAAUAUAAUAUAUUUUUGAUGUGGUUAUACAUUGAAAUAUUUUUA